GAUACAAACUGAUCGACCACAGUGGAGAUGAGGGACUCCACCGACAGUUUGAUCCUCAGUGAACCAAAACGUGCCACUGGUAGUAGCAGAUAACAGGUGCAGAUAGCAGAUAUUCAGUAGGACAUGCAUAUUAAGUGCAUGUGACCAAACCAGUCUGCUUCCAGAGGGCUGCAGCAUCAGACGGGACGGCCGCACAGUGAUGGAGAGCCUGGUUUAUCAAGCUUUACAGAGUGUCUGAGAGAGUCCGUCCCUGGUGUGAGCAGUCGCCAUGCUGUGCAAUCGCCUGUUGCUUUCCGUCUACAUCGUCACCUUUCUGAUGGGGGUCCCCGCCAACGUCCUGGCGUUCUGCACCUUCUGCCGCAAGGUGCGUCGCAAGGCCGCCCCGAUAGACGUCCUCCUCCUCAACCUCACCAUCUCCGACCUCAUCUUCCUGGCUUUCCUGCCGUUUAAAAUGAAGGAGGCCUUCGACGGCAUGGCCUGGAUGCUUCCCUACGCCCUGUGUCCCUUCACCGGUUUCAUGUUCUACGUCACCAUCUACAACAGCACGCUGCUCCUCACGGCCGUGAGCGUGGAGCGCUACCUGGGGGUCGCCUUCCCCCUCCGGUAUUCCCUGUGUCGUAGACCUCGCUACGCCGUGUUAGCCAGCGUCAUGUUCUGGGUGGUGACCUCCCUGAACCUCAGCAUCGUCUACAUCAUGCCCUACGCCCAGUGGAGCAAAGGCACCGCCGCGCCUCCACCAACCUGCUACCUGAACUUCACCGAGGACGAGCUGGACAUCCUGCUGCCGGUCCGCCUGGAGCUCUUCCUCGUCCUCUUCUGCGUCCCCUUCUUCAUCUGCUGCUUCUGCUACGCCAACUUCAUCCUCAUCCUGUCCCGUCUCCCGAACAUCGGCAGGCGGCGGAGGCUGCGUGCCAUCGGCCUGACGCUCAGCACGCUGGUAGUGUUCGCCGUCUGCUUCGGGCCUUACAACGCCUCCCACGUGGUGGGGUUUGCUCGUCGGGAGAGCGAGGAGUGGAGGAACGUGGCGUUGCUCUCCAGCACCUUCAACGCCUGCCUGGAUCCAAUUAUCUUCUACUUCUCCUCGGCGGCGGUCAGAAGCAUGUUAAACCACUGCUUCAGGAACAUCAUGGCUAAGCUGCACAUCCUGAGGUGUGGGGGGGCUCCUCACGGUCCUCACCAGAGACCCGCCAAGACUGAUAAAUACAAGGAAGCACCUCUUCCAUGAAAACUCUGGAGAAACUAUCAACGUAAAUGUCUCUUUUUGAUAGUUUGUUGAUUUCAUGCAAAAAAAUAUGGAUAAUAUGAAUUGUUGCCGCACUCCUGUGACCUUUGGGAACAAAUGGAACAGGAAACUGUCCCAUCAGGAAACAUACUAUACAUACAGUGUCCUGGUUAAAUAUCCUUUUCUGUGA